UUUUUAACUUAGUUAAAUUAAGAUUUGUGAAGAUUAAGAAAUAUAUAUAAUGCUUCAUGCAUACCAGAAUGUGAUAUAUGUUGAAUGCCAGACUGUAUGCUCACUGCAUUUUACUGUACUCUAAGUGGGUGCUGAAGCUGGGUGGUUUAGGGUUGUUCUGCAAUCAAAAUAAUGUUCAACCUCUGAAUGCCAACAACACUGUUCAAAGGAGAGAUAUCAUUGUUGAGAGGCUGACAGACUGCUGUAUGGUUGUCAGUUACUGUUCGAAUAUAUAUAUUUUUUUAAAGAUAAACUGAACAUUCUCAGGUCCUGUGUACACUAGCCAUGUGUGCCUGCUGUCAAUGACAAUAGAGUUCAACUCCUCCCAGGAGAUAGUGUUUGUGCUGCAUGGACUGAACGUGACACAGAUAAACAAACACAUCUACUUCUCAUUUACUCUCAUCCUAUACAUCUUCACCAUUUUUGUGAAUCUGAUACUGAUCGUUACCAUUUUUCUGGAGAAAAUGUUGCAUGAACCUAUGUAUUUAUUUCUCUGUAAUCUGUGUAUUAAUGGUAUCUAUGGUGCUUCAGCUUUCUACCCAAAGAUACUUUAUGACCUUUUAUUUGACUCUCAUGUGAUAACAUACAUUGGGUGCAUGACCCAGAUAUUGGUAAUCUACUCCUAUGCUUUCUGUGAAUUCACCAGCUUGACAGUGAUGGCAUAUGACAGGUAUGUUGCCAUCUGUAAACCGUUACAAUACCACUCUAUCAUGACUACUCGAAAAGUGUGGACACUGCUUCUUCUUACGUGGCUUUUCUCAUGGCUAGAAAGUGGCUUCGGGAUGGGAAUAACAGCUAAAUUACCCCUCUGUGGCCUCGACAUCGAUAAACCCUACUGCUCAAACUGGGCGGUCGUGAAGCUCUCAUGUGUUGACACCACUCUGAACAACCUUUACGGCUUCAUUGCCACUUUUUCUCACAUCUCUCAAAUGAUACUCAUCGUGAUUUCUUAUGUGAACAUCAUCAAAGCGUCUUUGCGUUCCCGGGCGGAGAGGAAGAAGUUCAUGCAGACCUGUCUGCCUCAUCUGAUCACCCUCACUAACUUCACCAUAUCCCUCACCUUCGAUGUGAUGUUUGCUCGCUACGGCAGCAACACCAGCCUGCUGGCCCUGAGGAAUAUCAUGGCGGUGGAGUUCCUUGUUGUGCCUCCUCUGGUGAACCCUAUCAUAUACGGGAUGAAACUCACUCGGAUUCGGAAUAGAGUUGGACAGAUGUUUAAACUUAAAGUUGCUGCCUUGACCUAAUUUAUUGUGGUGAUGUACUGUAGUGUGUAUCAACAUGUCUUUCUUGUUGAUCUAUUUUACAUAAAGCUUGACCAUUUGCAUAUGUUCUUUUUAAUGGAAAUUAGGAAGGAAAAUGUGCAUCUCGUUCACAAUUAAACACGCGGUACUUUAUUGAUUGAAAUAUUAAAAUUAUGAUAUUGGAUCCAUCAAUGGCCUUCGUCAGAAAAAUAUUUCAAGGACAUGAUGUGUA